AAAACAUACAUAGCAAAACAAAACAGAACUUUAAGCUAAUAAGCUAAGUACCUAGCUAGGUCUCAUUUUCCUCACCUACAAAAUCUCUCAUAUUUCUUAACAUGGAUCAAAAAACUCAAAAUGAAACAGUUACUACACAAUCAACCUUAAACACAGAAACACCAACAACAACAGCUUCAACAUUUAGUACCUUAAAAAAAAACAGUAGUGGUGGAAUUGGAAGCCUCAUAAAACUACUCCCAACAGGAACAGUUUUCUUAUACCAAUUCCUAAACCCUGUUGUUACAAACAGUGGCCACUGCAAAACAAGUAACAAGACACUAACCUCAAUUCUACUUGUAAUAUGUGGUUUCAAUUGUUUAUUUUCAACUUUUACAGAUAGUUAUACAGGAAGUGAUAAAAAAAGACACUAUGGAAUCGUGACGACAAAAGGAUUAUAUCCUUCUCCUGAGUCGAAUACUGUCGAUUUAUCGAAGUAUAGACUUAAGUUUAGUGACUUUGUUCAUGCUGGUUUGUCUUUGCUUAUUUUUGCAUUGCUUGGACUUCUUGAUACAAACACUGUUCAGUGUUUUUAUCCUUCUUUUGAGUCAACUCAGAAACAGCUUCUUCAGAUUCUGCCUCCAGCUAUUGGUGUUAUUGUUGGUUGGGUGUUUAUGGUGUUUCCACAACAAAGACAUGGAAUUGGAUAUCCUGUUAGUACUGAUGAAUCUCAUGAUACUUCUAAAAUAUCGGUUGAUACCGCGGUAUCUCCACAAAAUUCAACAAAUAAUGUUUAGUAACACGUACGGUGCAGUCAGGUGUAGACCGUUAAAUUAACAUGCAACUCGAAUCCGGCUAUACCGUAAAGUCGAUUGUUAAAUUGUGUGUGGUAGAAGUUUUUUAUUGUUCAAAGGUUAAUUAUUUGGAUUUUGUGUUGGUGUGAGUAAUUCUUGUGUCACAAACAAUCAGAAAGAGAUUGGUUUUAGUAUAAA